CUGAUCUCAGGGAUCACGACCCCCAAGGUGCGGGGGCGGGCGGGGUCCGGCGGAGGGGGCGGCGCCCUCGCGGCUCGGUGACUGCGCCCGCGUCUCGCCGCGACUCCCGGGAUGCGCGGAGGCGGCGGCGAUGGCGAGGAUACCUCGAGCCCUGCAGCAUCCGGGCCGGCGGGCGGAGCUGGGGUCCGAUCUGCGGGAUGGAGGAGGAGGGGCGGCGCUGCGCCCACCCGGCAGGCUUUUCUGCCUCGGGCCUCUUUGGUCACAUAUCAUUCAUCUGUGAGUUGAGGCCCUGACUCCCUUCCCACUGAGUGUUUGGGGGAACAGAAGAAGGAGACGCUUCUCUUUGAAGAUGAACUCGACAGACCACCUUCAGGAUGCCCCCAAUGCCACCUCGCUGCAUGACCCACACUCCCAGGGAGGAAAUAGCACCUCCCUCCAGGAGGACCUUCAGGACCUUGUCCACACAGCCACCUUGGUGAUCUGUACUUUUCUACUCACCGUCAUCUUCUGCCUGGGCUCUUACGGCAACUGCAUUGUCUUUCUGUCCUUCUUUGAUCCAGCCUUCAGGAAAUUCAGAACCAACUUUGAUUUCAUGAUCCUGAACCUGUCUUUCUGUGACCUCUUCAUCUGCGGCGUGACGGCUCCUAUGUUCACCUUCAUGUUAUUCUUCAGCUCAGCCAGUAGCAUCCCGGAUGCUUUCUGCUUCACCUUCCAUCUCACCAGUUCAGGCUUCAUCAUCAUGUCCCUGAAGAUGGUGGCAGUGAUUGCCCUGCACCGGCUGCGGAUGGUGCUGGGGAAGCAGCCGCAUCGCAUGGCUUCCUUUCCCUGCACUUUGCUCCUCACUCUGCUUCUCUGGGCCACCAGUUUCACCCUUGCCACCUUGGCUACCCUGAAAACCAGCAAGUCCCACCUCUGUCUUCCCAUGUCCAGUCUGAUUGCUGGAAGAGGGAAAGCCGUUCUGUCCCUCUAUGUGGUCGACUUCACCUUUUGUGUUGCUGUGGUCUCUGUCUCUUACAUCAUGAUUGCUCAGACCCUGAGGAAGAAUGCCCAAGUCAGAAAGUGCCCCCCUGUAAUCACCGUUGAUGCUUCCAGACCACAGCCUUUCAUGGGAGCCCCUCCACAGGGAGGUGGAGAUCCCAUCCAGUGCACCAUGCCGGCUCUGUAUAGGAACCAGAAUUACAACAAACUGCAGCACAUUCAGCCCCAUGGAUAUAACAAGAGUCUCAACCAACUGUCCACCCCUGCAGCCAGCCGACUCCAGCUGGUCUCAGCCAUCAACCUCUCCACAGCCAAGGAUUCCAAAGCCGUGAUCACCUGUGUGAUCAUUGUGCUGUCAGUCCUGGUGUGCUGUCUUCCACUGGGGAUUUCCUUGGUGCAGGUGGUUCUGUCCAGGAAUGGGAGCUUCAUCCUUUACCAGUUUGAACUGUUUGGAUUUACCCUUAUAUUUUUCAAGUCAGGAUUAAACCCUUUUAUAUAUUCUCGGAACAGUGCAGGGCUGAGAAGGAAAGUGCUCUGGUGCCUCCAGUGCGUAGGCCUGGGUUUCUUCUGCUGCAAACAGAAGACUCGACUUCGAGCCAUGGGAAAAGGAAACCUUGAAGUCAACAGAAACAAAUCUUCCCAUCAUGAAACAAACUCUGCCUAUAUGUUGUCUCCAAAGCCACAGAAGAAAUUUGUGGACCGGGCAUGUGGCCCAAGUCACUCAAAGGAAAGUGUGGUAAGUCCCAAGGUAUCUGCUGGACAUCAGCACUGUGGGCAGAGCAGUUCAACCCCCAUCAACACUCGGAUUGAACCAUAUUACAGCAUCUAUAACAGCAGCCCGUCCCAGGAGGGGAGCAGCCCAUGUAACCUGCAGCCAGGAACCUCUUUUGGAUUUGCCAGUUCCUACACUACCAUGCAUUACCACACCACAAAUGAUUUAAUGCAGGAAUACGACAGCACUUCGGCCAAGCAGAUCCCAAUCCCCUCCGUUUAAAGUCAUAGAACCUAGAAAACCUUGUGUAAUUGGUUUUUCUUUCUGAUACUAAAUGACUUUUUAAAAACUGUGAGAUCAGUGGCAGAUCAAAACUUAAAAGAUUCAGCUAAAAUGUCGGCGGCUCUGACUUUCUUUUGUCCAAAGUAUUAGUAUCUUUUGAUUUGCUUUGUAGUUUCUUGACAUUUUAAGAUUUGAUAUUUAGAUUUUUACCCUAAUCUGUGCUCCCGUCUUUUGUACUGAACCUUUAAAUAGAUACCAGGAAUGAUUAUACUACUGUGUUAAAAUAGAAAAUCAACUGAUUGAUUAUUUGGGUCAAUGUUAUGGGUCUUCAAAGUAUAUAUGGGCUAGAUUUUUAAAAGAAAAGGAAAGUCUGACCUUUGUUGAGCUGUUGUUUUUUUAACUGAAUUAUAAAUUUUGAUUUUUUUUAAAUUUACUGAAAUAGGGAACAAUAUGUCUUAUUGGCAGCAGGUUGAUUUGAAUAAAUAACACAAUGCUAAAGUAGGAAACCAGAAAUUUAUUACCUAUAACUCCUUACCAAAAGCAUUCAUACUGGCAUUAGGUACUUUAUUUUCAUAAGACAGUCAACUAAGAAUAUAGUAUGAUGAUUAUUGCCAUAUCCUACUAUGGUAUUAUUUUAUGUCAAUUGAGUAGCGAUAUCAUUCUUUUCAAAAGAAAGAUGUUUUUACCUAUUAAAAGUGAAUUGUUUUAAAUUCAGUGUGAAGUGCACACCUGUAGUCCCAGCUACUUGGGAGGCUGAGGCAGGAAGAUUGCUUGAGCCCAGGAGUUUGAGACCAGUCUGGGCAAUAUAGUGAGACUAUCUGUAUUUUUUUAAAAAAUGAAUUGUUCUGGGCGGUGCUUGUGGCUCAGUGGGUAGGGCACCAGCCCCAUAUACUGAGGGUGGCGGGUUCAAACCCGACCCUGGCCAAACUGCAACAAAAAAAUAGCUGGGCAUUGUGGCGGGUGCCUGUAGUCCCAGCUACUCCGGAGGCUGAGGCAAGAGAAUCACCUAAGCCCAGGAGCUGGAGGUUGCUGUGAGCUGUGAUGGCACCGCACUCUACUGAGGGUGAUAAAGUGAGACUCUGUCUCAAAAAAAAAAAAAAAAAAAAUUGUUCUAUUUUGGAAUGAUCUCAUUCAAGAAUCCUAAAGAAGAGGACUGCGUCAGCAAUAGAGGUGUACUGUUCAUAGGAGAGUGGGCCUGCCUGCACUAUCCCCGUGGGCAGGAUGGUGUCAUGUGACAAACGAGGUGAGCUUUGCUGUGCCUCAGUCAGUCUGUAUUAUGGCUUUACAAGACGCAGAGAUGGUUUUUGUUUUAUUUCUGUGUGAAAAGAGUUUAUUAACCACCAGACAGCAUUCAGAUAACUAUUUAGAAAUAGCUUCUUUU